UGCUUCUCUCUCACACACCAAGUCUUGUCGUUGAAUAGUUAGUCGCUGUGCUGAGAAUCUUCCAGAACCUCUUCCUGACCGACGCUCCUAAGCACAGAUCUAGGAUCAGCAGCUGACCCUCAUCAAAUCCAAACCAGGACCUUAAUAAACCACAAGGGGAAAACUGACCUCAGACCAGCGUUUAAACCCCACGUCUUCCUGCCCAGAUACUGACUCUCCGUCCAGAGUUCCUCUGUGCUCCAGCCGUCCAUCCGUCCAUCCGCACCCCAGCCAGCUAGCCAUGGGUCUGACGAGCGAGGACAUGGAGUGCUGCAUCUGCCUCCAGCCCUACUCUCGCAUGGAGAAGAUCCCUCGGAUGCUCCACUGUAAGCACACAUUCUGUGGGCCGUGCUUGCAGACCAUGUCCAGUCUCCAGAGCGGCCUGCUUACAGUACGCUGCCCCCUGUGCCGCUGGAUCACCUGCACCGGGCCCAUCCUCACCCUGUCGGGGUCGCUGUGGGUUAACACUGAGAUCUGGGACCAGAUACUAGACAGACAACAGGAAGAGGAGGAGGAGGAGGAGGAGGAAGAGGAGAAAGAGUGGAUGGGAGCUAACAGACAGACACAGACCACUACACAGUAUGAAUGCUCUCCAUCAGGGCACUCUGGCCUGAGGCUAAAACUACAGAAAUUCCUGAGGAGGAUGAAGCACAAAGUACUGUAAACCAAGAAGACGAAGAGCAGAGGGAAAAGAAGACUGGUUUCUAUCAUUUCAGAGUAGGAGAGACUCACUGAGUAAUGAAGCUAAUGCACAAAACAGGACCGAC